CAAAACCACGGCUGUAUCCAUCACGAUUCCUUGCCUACGCCUCCUCAUGGCGGCCGCCACCGGCACCAAGCAGCAGCAGCAGCAUCCGCACCCAGCUCCACCACCGGGGGCAACGGUGGUGGACCCCAAGUUCGAGUGGACGGAGAGGGCCGGCACCUACGUACUCCGCCUCACCCUCACCGGCUUCAGGAAGGACGACUUCCGGGUGCAGGUCGACGGCGCGGGCAGGCUCACCAUCCGCGGCACCAGGCCGGGCGCCUCCCUCCACAAGGUCUUCCAGCUGCCCUCCUCCGCCAGCCUCGACGACAUCGCCGGCCGCUUCGAGGCCGGUGUGCUCACGCUCACCAUGCCCAAGCGUGCCGGUGCGCCCAAGGACGAGGGUGCGCCAACAGAGCAGGUCGACGGCGACGUGAAGACGGGAGACGCCGGCGGUGAGAAGAAGGUGCCCAAGCCCGCACCUUCCGGUGAUGCGGCGCCCACAUCCAUCGAGGAGAUUAGAACGAAGCCCAGGGAAGAGCAGCAGAAGGCUCCCCAGGCGGCAGCAGCUGCGCAGACGCCGGAGAAGCAGGCACCGAAUCCAACCUCCAGCGGCAAAGCCAUGGCGGUGGUUGACCGGGAGCGCCUGGCGGAGACGGUGAGGCGACGCGGCGAGGAAGAGAGGGCCAAGGCUGCUGCGGUGGCGGCGGCCAUGGAAGAAGCUAGAGCAGAGCAGGAGAAGAAGGCGGCGGCCACGGCGUGCAGCCGCUGGAAAGAGCGCAUGACGGAAG